AGAACGCGGAGUACUCGGUGCCCUGUUUUCUUUGAGUCAACGUAAAUAAAGUUGAAAUUUUACGAAAGUUGAUUGAACGCGUUGUUAUUCCGACCGUUAGGAAACAUUUUUUUUCAUUCUGUGAAAAAUGGGGCGCCGUUCGAUCAAUACCACAAAAAGUGGGAAAUACAUGAAUCCCACUGAUCAAGCGCGAAAGGAAGCGCGUAAAAAAGAAUUAAAAAAGAAUAAGAAGCAACGACAAUUAGUAAGAGCGGCUGUUUUGAAAGGCAAAGAUCCAGCGCAGAUUAUUGAAGAAAUGGAGAAGAUUGAUCAGAUGGAGUAUAACGUAAUGCAACCACCU